AGGAGGAGGGGUCCGCACAAGGGGAUAGAGAGCUCGCCAGAGGCGGCGGAUAACGGCGACCAUCCACAACUUGAAAAGGAACGUCGACGCAGCAGGAGCGAGCGGAGGAGAAGCUGCGUCGGAUCGGAGGGUCCCGCGUCUCCCAUGGAUAUGAUGUACUCCGUGGGAUACCGCUGCUCACACUACGCGGGGAUGUUCCGACUGGACUGCCCGCCGGCGCACGACCCCCGCGCUCCUCCGUGCGGCGUGAGACUCGCUCCGCAGCCGUGGCUCACUCCUCUGCGAGACUCCAACCCCGUGUGCCUCGCCUCUCCGAGUGCCGCUCCCUGUGCCCCCGCCGCCAGAAAAUGCUCCGUGGACUUUCACAACCUGGCCCGGGAUCUCGAGUCACGGCCCGCGUUAAGCGAGAGCGCAAUGCAGGGACACAUCGCCCGUGACACCUCGUCGGAUGCUAACGGUCGCCUGCUGUGCUCGGCCGCGGUCGAAGGUCCCAGGUCCGCGCACGGCGUCGCCCGGCCGAAGGCUCAGCGCGGCCUGCAGCGGGGCGAACAAAGGGAGGAGCAGGCGUGGAAACGAGAGCGUAAGGUUGAGAAGGUUGAGACGUCCUCUCCGGAUGACGGUGCUCAAUAUUCUGCGAGACCGACGCACGCGGUGUGGAUGAACAACAUCAACAGCGGCAGCAGCAUCGCAAGAGGUGAUCGCUCGGAGAGGCGCACUCCUUCCAGAGCCGGUGAGCCAAAUCCUCUGGACACCUCGAGGGGCGAUGUCUUUGAGACGCCCAAGAGCAUCGUGGGGGGCCAGCACAAGAGCGCCUUCUCGCCUCCAGCCAAGUCCGAGCACAGGCGCUCCACCAGCUCUCAGUUCAUGGUCUCCGAGCUGCUAAAGACGACAACGGCGUCCACUCACUUUGGCGCACGCGGCAUCACCGCCACCGCCGCCGCCACCGCCGCCGCUCACAACGGGCCCACGUUCGUCUACGCGGACUGCAGGGCCUCCUGGUCCAAACCUCUGGUGCACAGGCCCAUCUUGAGGCCGUCUCCUCCGCUGCCCAUGCCUCAAGUGGCCGGCCCCGGCGGGCUAGGGUUGCCGCCGCAGAACUGGUGCGCCAAGUGCAACGUGUCCUUUCGUCUCACGUCGGACCUGGUCUACCACAUGCGCUCUCACCACCGCUGCGAGCGCUCGGCCGAGCCGCUGUCGAAGAGGCGCCGCGAGGAGAGGUUACGCUGCCAGGUGUGCGGGGAGAGCUUCCGGGAGAGGCACCACCUGUCCAGGCACAUGAUAUCGCAUAACUGACCCGCGUGACGGCCGUCGUGACGAGCAUGGGACUCCGCAAUUCUGCCGUCGGCCGCCUUCCCGCUCCUCCUGGCUACACCUGCAUACGCUUCAUUGCCGCGUUCGUUUCGGAACUCCCCGAGUUAGUUUGCCUUGUCUGACUCGAAACCCGCACGCGUGUCGCAACCCGUCCGCCGUCGCCUCGACGCGAUGAAAUCGAGGACACUUUCUCCGCCGCGCUCUGCUACGAGCUCCCAACGUCGCUUACCCUAACCCCGCCGUGAAAUCCCGACCAUGCUCCGCUUGCAGCGAUGAUAUUGGUUGGCAAGGCCGACGCACGGUGACGUUAAUUAAGCACAAUUUAUGCGCAGUAAUUUGGUGACAAUGUGCCUUUUGUGGUGUCUGUGUGACUUGUGUGAUGUGUGUAACGGAUUUUUACUGCAGAGAAAACAAAUAUACUUUGAUCUGUAUUUUAUGUUUAAAAUAAAAAGGUUUUAGAAAUAUUUUAUGUAUGUAUAUAUUUAUAGUGAUAUGUAUGCAAAUGCACACACACAUACUACUUAGGUUAACAUAAAACAGUAAAACUGGUCAUGAGUAAUAAUCGGAAAAACAAUAAAUAGUCUGCAACUUUUUUUAUCUAAAUAAAAUAAUGAAUUCACAGACCAUUUCGAUUUAAAGCUUUCGUGACUGCAGGGAUUCAUCUUCUUGGUUCUUUCGGUAAAGUCACG